GAGUCGUAACCGCGGCGAGGGCAUGCCCUUGAUGCCGACCUCCCGCGACCAUGAGUGCGGCGCGACAUGGCGCAGACGCGAGGGCGCCGGCUGGUGCGUCGUCAGCACGGGCGGCAGCGGCGGCGCGGGAUCGUGUCGCCGUCGAAGAACUGCCGGGGCCCGCCUUUGCAUCCAGCAGCGGGGGGCUCUCGGGGGCGCUCAUGUCUCUCGUCAUCUUCGCUCUCUUCCUCAUCUUCAUCGUGACCAUGACGGCCCGGUACCUGCGCACCGGCCAGCCUGCAGCGGUGCCGCAGCUUGUGACGGCUGCCGUGUCCAGUCGGAACCUGACCUUCCACGACAACGGAACCGCACGGGCCGAGCAGGAGGAAGCGGAGCCUGCUGUUGCGGCCUCGGGGAACCUGACCCUGCUCGAAACGGCGCUGCAGCCGGUGGCUGCCGCCAAUCGAAGCAGCUAGCCAAACCGUUUGCGACCGUGGUCGAAGGACUGCACAGAGGCUUGGACUGGAUCGCAGCCUACUUCGGCGUGCAAACGCGCAAGAAACCGCACAUCGACUAGCGCGCACUGAGCGAGACUACGCAUUUUCGUGUCAGGAUCCCGCACAGUCCGCAGUAAUCUCUAGUAACUUUGCAUCCUCUCCUU